UUGAUAAAAACUAAACAACCCUCCACGCCCUGCAGUCUCUGGGAAGUUUCUCCGCAUUCCUGCCAUACACAUACACACACACACACACACACACACACACACACUAAUAUAUAUAUAUAUAUACAGACAGACAGACAGCUGGAAGGAACCACACACUGAGGCUGGGACUUUAAAGGCAGUGGUGGUGUGGACCUGCUGUAGGAGCCUCACCAUCAACAUCCUGCCAGUCUCACCAUGAGUAAGGCAGGUGCUGAUGAAGGUGGAGGAGCUGGCGGUGGCGGCAGUGAAAAAGCCUUGCAGCAGGCGGAGGAUGACACUCCCGAGGGAAAGUUCCCGGGAAAACUGAGCGCCGUCAUCAGCGGACCGGGCUGGACCAAGGUCACCUGCCCCUGCUGUGCCACAGAAAGGGUGGAGCCACUCGUUCUGGUGAAGCUCGGAGCGAAUGUUCGGCCCGAGACCAAGAGGUGGCUCAUCAAGCUGAUUGGAGCUUCUCAGAAAGAUGGAGGUGCUGGUUUAUUGGCUCACCCGGGUGAAGACGCCAGUGGCGACAUCAUCGUGGUCGCCGCUCCUCGCUGCACGUUACUGCGAGGCGCCGAGGAGUUGGGUCUGUGUAAGACGUACCAGAGCGGGGACAUGGAGGCGUUCUCCUACAACGACAGAGACAACUUUAAAGAUUCAGACAACACGGAAGUGUUCCUGACUCUGGCCGAGCGACAGUUCAUGGUGAAGUACGAGCUGGACGGUCUACGGGCGCAGAGGGACCUGAGGAUCCCCGGGCUGACGGACGGCCGUGCGCUGCAGAACCGAGACAACGUCUGGCAGAAGCUCGGCUCGGCUGGUGUCAUCGUGGACACGUUUCCUCUCCACAACCCGGAGCAGCUGAAGGAGCUGAGUGAAGCCUGGUACUCUGGGAAUCAGCUGGUUCAGCCGCUGGAUUCAGUCAACGGGUAUUUUGGAAGCUCUGUGGCUUUUUACUUCAGCUUCCUGGAUUUCUACACCUGGUCUCUGCUUCCACCCGCCAUUCUGGGUCUGUCCAUCACAUACUUCUCAGGUGAGGCACAGAAGGAGGUGGUGGACUCAGUCUCGGGCGCGCAGGUCGAGGAGGAGGAUGAAGAUCACGGUCACAGCGGUCACAUGAUCCAGGCGGUGUUCAGCAUGCUCUGGUCCACGGUUUUCAUGGAGCUGUGGAAGCGCAGGAGCUCGUCCCUGUCCUACCGCUGGGGGACCCUGCACCUCGCCGAGCGCUUCGCCGAGCCCAGGCCUGGGUUUCACGGCGACCUCGGGGUGAACCCUGUGACGGGUCGCGUGGAGCCACUGUUUCCUGGCUGGCAGAGAGACCUGCGUAUGGCGCUGGUGUCGAUUCCUGUGGUGGGGCUGUUUCUGGGGCUGGUGAUUCUGGGGAUGCUUGGCUUCUACUGGGGUGAGGCCCAGGUUCAGCAGCUGCACACUGACUGGGACUCACUGGUGUCACAGACGUUGCUCUACAUGCCCUCGGUGCUGCACAUCGUCUACACGAACAUGCUGGCCACUGUUUACAAGACGGUGGCCCGGGCUCUGACUGAAUAUGAGAACCACAGAGAGGAGUCGUCCUUCGAGAAGCACCUGACAGCUAAAGUCUUGGUGUUCACCUUCUUCAACUAUUUUGCUGUGCUCUUCCACAUUGCCUUCUUCAAACAGGACGUGCCUUUGCUCCGAAAGCGUCUGGCGUCGCUGCUGAUCGUGUCGCAGCUGGUGAACCAGGUGACAGAGGUGGCCAUACCGUUCCUGGUGGACCGCUUCAUCAGCGCCCCCCAUAGGGCAGAGAGUGAAGACGACCCCCAGGAGGACAAAUUCAGGAAGCAAAGCACCCUCCCCGUUUUCCCCGGUCUGUUUGCAGAGUACAUCGAGCUCCUGGUGCAGUUCGGGUACCUGAGCCUCUUCUCCUGCGUGUACCCUCUGACGGCCGUGCUGCUGCUCGUCAACAACAUGACGGAGAUCCGCUCGGACGCCUACAAGAUCUGCAAGCUCUUCCGCAAACCGUUCACGCCGCCCGUGGCUAACAUGGGCGUGUGGCAGCUCGCAUUCGAGGUCCUGAGUUUUGUCUCCGUCGUGUCCAACUGCUGGCUGCUGCUGCUGUCGCCACGGUUACAGGGCCUGUGUCACGAGGCCGGGAUGAGCAGCACAAACAUUCUUUUGUCAGCUGUUUUGGUCGAGCAUUUUCUCAUUUUGGUCAAAGUCGUCCUGUCGGUCCUGAUCCCAGACGAACCGGACUGGAUCCGAAGAAAGAGAGAGCAUAUAGAGUUCACGUCCAUGGAGGCUCUGAAGCUACAGAAGCUGCAGCCUGACGAGUCGUGAUUUCACUUCGACUAGAAAAGAUACUACUGUGCAGAACCAUCGUCAGUGUUGUGUCCACGCUCCGCUGCAGGGCCUACCAUAUUAUACAGUAUAUAUAUAUAUGUAUAUAUAUAUAUAUUUAUAUAUAUAUAUAUGUACAUAUACACACACUGCUCUGCUUUAACGCUCACUGUGUGUUCACCGUUGAAGCCUUUUCUGCUCUGCUCUGCUCUCUCAUCACCAAAUGUGCUCAUUAUUAUACAUUUGAACCUGGAAUUGCACCUUUACAUCACUCACAAGGUAAAGAAAAAAGUGUCGCCUCCCCCUUUAUAUUUAAUAUUAGACAGCGAAUGAAAUGUAAUGAUAAUUAUUAUUAUAAUUAUUGCACUUAAAAAUAUUAUGUCUCAGUAUAGAAGGGAUUUGUUCAGAUUUAAUUGAUAUAUAAUUAAGAUUAAGUGAGGGACUAACACGAAACAGUAUAAAUUCCUCGCUCUUUGCUACCACCUGGUGGUCAACUACAGCCUGAUGAAUAUUCCUUCUUUCAGCAGUAUUGUAUUAUGUUACAUCAUAGUUCCUCCUCAGCGUGGGUCACUGCGGUCGUCAUAGUUGGGGAUUUUUACGCGACACAAACAAGGAAACUUUAAAAAAUGUUUCUCAAACCCGGAAAUUACUAAAAUGAUUGAGUUGGAAUGAUUUCUUUGUCAUGUGGAGCAAAGAAACGAAGAAAAUAUUCACAUUUUUGAAGCUAAAACAAUCAAAAAUCUUGUUUUUAUCAUGAAAAAAGCCUUCUCAAAGUAGCUUAAGAUGAAUUUAGUAAUCGAAUAAUCGAGUCAUUGUUUCAGCUCUAGUGUAUAGUUCCUGGAAAAAUAAGACAUUACUUAAACCUCAUAAGUAUUUAUUCAAAUCUAUGGUACAUCAUUUACAGCAAGUAUCGGGGGAUUUUAGGUUGUAAUGAAAUGCCAAAAAUAAUCCUGGUUUUAUUGUCCUUAGGGGCAAAUUCAUUUCAAAUUCAUGUGUUUCAUCAAAUAAAAACAAAAAAGGUAUUAUUAUUAUUAUUAUUAUUAUAAUAUAAUAAUUGAUACUGUCUUUUCCCCCUUAUUAGAAUUACUUUUAUUUGCACACACACACACAGUAAGUAAUCCCACUAUAGUUAAAGGAACAUCAAAUAUAAUCUGAGUCUCAAAUGUGGAUCAACCAAAGAACCUUUAUAUGCUUCGUUGUUAGGAAUAUCUUAUUUUUUUAUGCCUUUAUUUUUAUAUUCACCUUAUCAGGCUCUGCGUGCCUUUAAGAAGUGACUGCUUGACUUCACUGAGUUGCAGAAACUCAUUUAAUCUCAUACAGAGUGAGUGUUGCUUCAUAUAAUGAACGUACAGCUGACGCCACAGCGGGAACGACCACCGUGUAUUGUUUAUUAAAUAUAAAGUAUAUCCUGCUGUAAGUUAUUGUUGUUUUUUUAAGGAGGUAGUAUUUCUUUACAGCCACCAGGAGGCACUAUACGCUUGUAUUUACAGUCAGUAUCCAGCUCUCCACAGGCCCUGGUGGCUGCAGCACAGAUGCUCAUCUGUGGUGUGAGGCGCCCCCUGCUGGCUGCUGUUGUACAUUUUCACGACUGGUGUGUGUGUGUGUGUGUUUGUGUGUGUGUGUGUGAGAUCUGAAAUACAGGUGGCAGUGUUGCUUGUUUGUCCCUAAAAUGAAAUAAAUAUGUACAAAAACUUCA